AUGGCCUGCAGCCUUUCGGCCACCCACCUGCUGGUAUGGGUCGUCCUGUGCGCCGCAGGUGUGCGCGGCCAGCGGCAGGUACGGUACAGGUCCUGGAAGUUUGUCGGGGACAGCCCGCUGCCCAUCAGCGGAGUGCAGAGCCCAAGCUUGCAGCUGGACACGCUGGACGGCGGGCGCCCCUACCUGGCCUUCGCCGCCCCCUCCGGCGGCGACACCUACCUCGCCCUGGUGCAGCGCCUGAGCAGCAGGGGCAACUGGACCUUUGUGGUGACCAGGCCGCCAACGGGGCUGGGGCAGCUGGCCAGCGACGUGGGGCAGACGCAGCUGGCGCUGCACCCCACCAUCAAGGGCAGGCCCUAUGCGGCCUUUGCAGACAUACGCGGCGGCGGGCAGUGCAGCGUCAUGGUGUACCUCAACUCCACCUGGCGCUACCUGGGCAAGCGCGCCUUCUCGGCGGGCGUCGCCACGGGCCUGACCUUUGCGAUGGACCCCAAGGCCAAGCCGGUGGACUCGGGCAGGGCGGGGCAGGCCACUGCCAUGCACUACUCCAAUGCCCAGUGGCGCCACCUGGGCGUGCGGGGGCUCACCCCAGGCGCCGCCGACAACCUCGCCCUGGCCAUCUCCCCCGCCGGCGUGGUGCACCUGGCGUUCCAGGACCUCAGCGCUGCUGAGCCCAAGGGGCGUGUCGUGAAGUUUGCGGGCGGAGCUUGGCAGCCCGCUCUGGGCAUCAGCAUGGCGAUCCACCCAACCCGGGGGCUGUACGUUGCGUUCCGGGGCGAUGCCGCCGGUGCUGCCCGCCUGGCGUACGACAACGUCACGGUGACCAGCUACUCGACGGCGUGGAGGGCGGUGGGGCCCUCUGGGUUUGGCGGCCGCAACUCGCUCUACACCAGCAUCGGCCUCGGCCCAGACGGCAUGCCGUAUGUGGCCAUGCAGUGCGGACAGCAGGGCAAGGCAUGCGUGUACAAGAAGGAGAAGGGCAGCGCCACCUGGAGCGCGGUGGGGCCACGGGCCGGCUUCUCCCUGUCGACGGUGACCAACCUCAACCUCAGGUUCUACCGGGGCACACCCUUCAUCAGCUAUGUCGAGUCGGUCGCCGGGGGAGUGGUUGUGGUUAAAACAUAUGCAUGA